GACCUGCACAGAACUUUGCCUUGCCCCAAGUGCUACAGCACCAGAACUGCGUACGCUCCGUGCAAAAAGUGAAAAUGCUGUGAAAAGUGACACCGCCCAGCACGGAAACCGCAACGAAAUGGCUACACAGAAACCGGGCGAGUGGGCCAACUCACUGUUGGCCCGGUUCGAGGAGCAGCUCCCUUACCGCACCGGUCCCCAUGGCACACAGGCGCGGCUCAGCAUUGACGAAACGAUGAACUGCUUGAUACAGAUAUCGCGCUACCGCUUUUCGCUCGUCAUUUCCGGCCUGACGAAAAUGUUGCAGCGUGUGAACGAGAUUUUUAUUAUCUUACAGUUUCAACCGCCUGCCUGCCGGGGUCACGAGCCGGAACGGUGCUGCUAUGAUUCGUUGAUCAUCAUCCUAGAGACGCUCGAACGGUGCCUGUCCGGGCAGUCGAAAGAUACGGCACGUUUCGAGGAAGCGAUGAAUGUGAAGCUGCUCCUCAGGGAAAUUUGCCAAUUUAUUGAUAUACAGAAUGAAAACAAUCAAAAUGCCACCUCGCUGAAGGCGCUCGCCUCGAAGGUGCUGUUCGCACUGUCCCAGAACCACUUUGGGGCCGUGUUUAACCGCAUCUCGGCCCGCCUGCAGGAGCUGAGCACGUGCGCGGAGGAGAAUCCCGACUACAGCGACAUCGAGCUGAUCCAGCACAUCGAUCUGGACGUGCACCGGCUGACGAAGCUGCUGACGGAGACGAUACAGAAGUUUAAGUCGCUGAAAAAGUCCGCCCACAUGAUCCUGCUCAGCUCGCUGGAGCGCGCGCUCUGGAACUGGAUCGAGUUUCACCCGAAGGAGUUCGAGGACCUGCAGCGCAACCCGAACGACGAGCUGAGCAAAUGCUGCGAAACGUUCUUCGACAUACUGGACUCGUACUCGGAGAACAAGAAGGCCCGGGCCGCCGUGUGGCCGCUGCAGAUCAUGCUGCUGAUACUGAGCCCGAAGGUGCUGGAGGAGAUUGUGAACGCCGACUCGGGUGCGCCGUGCUCGCCGCGCCACCUGAAGAAGAAACACUUCAUGGAGGGCAUCAAGAAGGGGCUGGGGGCGCACGCGUCCUCCAAGCAGUCGACCGAAUCGGCCGCCAUCGCGUGCGUGAAGCUGUGCAAAGCGUCCACGUACAUCAACAUCAACGACUCGAACAACGUGACGUUCCAGCUGGUGCAGAGCGUGAUAAACGAUCUGAAGGCGCUGCUGUUCAACCCGGCGAAACCGUUCUCGCGCGGCCAGGGCUUCAACUUUCAGGACAUUGAUCUGAUGAUCGACUGCUGGGUGUCCUGCUUUCGCAUCAAGCCGCACAACAACGAGGCGCUGAAGGUGUGCCUGAGUCUCAACUCGCCGCCGGCCUACCACUUUGUCAUCGUCAGCUCGCUGCUGAAGAUCGUCACCCAGGCGCGGCUACCCUGGUGGCCCCAGAUCGACCUGGUGUACGCACGGUCCGGCGAGCUGCGAGGCCUCUUCACCGACACGCUGAACAAAGCGACCCAGGGCUACAUCGCCCACACGCCGCUGCGCAUGAUCACCUCGCUGACGCUCAAAUCGAAGGACGCCCAGAGCCGGCUGACCCGCCCAGACGAGGGGCCAGCGCACAAGGCGCUGCUGCUGCUGAUGGUGCGGCUCAUCCAUGCCGAUCCGAUGCUGCUGCUGAACAGCCUCGGCAAGGCGGGGCACGAGGUGCAAAGCUCGACGCUCGAGCUGAUCAACGGGCUUGUCUCGCUCGUGCACCAGCCCACGAUGCCGGACGUGGCGCAGGAAGCGAUGGAAGCGCUGCUCGCCCUGCACUCGCCCGACAAGAUCGAGGUGUGGAAUCCCGAGGCGCCGAUCAACACGUUCUGGGACGUGAGCUCGCAGGUACUGUUUUCGAUCUCGCAAAAGCUGAUCCAGCACCAGAUCGCCAACUACACGGACGUGCUCAAGUGGCUGCGCGAGAUACUGAUCUGCCGUAACACGUUCCUGCAGCGGCACAAGGAUUACGCGAACGUUGGCAGCCAGAUCGCGAUCUGCCGCCAGGCGCACAUCAAGCUCGAGGUGGUCUUCUUCAUGUACCUGUGGUCGGUCGAUCUGGACGCGGUCAUGGUAUCGCUGUCGUGCUUCGGGCUGCUGUGCGAGGAGGCGGAAAUACGGUCCGGCUCGGACGAGCUUACCGUGGGCUUCAUUCUACCGAACUAUCACCUCUACCAGGAGCUGUCGCACACCUCGGCUACGCUAACGUCGCCCCAGAAUGCGGAAUCGCGGUACAGCUUCUUCGAGCAUCUGCACGGGCGUGUGACGCUGCAGCGCAACAUCAUGUCGCUGCUGCGCAAGAUCGAACACUGCGUGAACGGCGUGCAGCCGGCGUGGGAGGAAACGUUCCGCAACUGGGAGGUAACGAGCAAGCUGCUCCAGAGCUACCCGAAAGGGAAGCCGGAGGAAGGGCAGGCGGAGGUGUUUCACCGGAGCAUGGGCAAACGGCGCGCGAGCCACCAGAGCUCGGAGCACGAUCUCGAGGAGCAAAUCACCGAGUGGGCCAACAUGACCUGGUUCCUGCUGGCGCUCGGCGGUGUCUGCCUGCAGAAGCCUCGCAACCAGAGACAGGCGACGCAAGGCUACAAUCUGCCGAUCGGAACGGCCGGACCGUCCCUGAUGCAAUCCACCACUUCGCUGUCCAGCUCGAGCUCGGGGCGCGGCUCGAUGCAUCCGAUCAUGGGGUCGCUGGUAUCGUCGAUCGGGCCGGGCAGCAGCCAGGAGGUGCAGUACUGCCCGGUGACCCAGUUCAUUGGCCAGCUGUUGCGGCUGCUCGUGUGCAACAACGAAAAGUUCGGCCCGCAGAUACAGAAGCACGUGAAGGAGCUGGUCGGGCAGGAAAUGUCGGCCCAGCUGUAUCCCAUCCUGUUCGACCAGAUACGCUCGAUCGUGGAAAAGUUCUUCGACCAGCAGGGCCAGGUGGUCGUCACGGACAUCAACACGCAGUUCAUCGAGCACACGAUCUACAUCAUGAAGUCGGUGCUGGACGGGCGGCAAAGCAAGGACCAGAAUGACCAGCCGGCGAACGCGGAGCAUCUCGGCGUGACGAGCAUCGAGAAUCUCAUGCUAGCGAUCGUGCGGUACGUGCGCCACCUGGACAUGACCGUGCACGCGAUCCACAUCAAGACCAAGCUCUGCCAGCUGGUGGAGGUGAUGAUGAAGCGGCGGGACGAUCUCGCCUUCCGGCAGGAGAUGAAGUUCCGCAACAAGCUGGUGGAGUAUCUGACCGACUGGGUGAUGGGCACGUCGCACCAGAUCGCGCCGCCGGGCUCGGGUGACGUGACGAUAAUUACGCGCGAUCUCGACCAGGCGUGCAUGGAGGCGGUGGCGGCCCUGUUGCGCGGUUUGCCCCUCCAGCCGGAGGAAUCGGACCGCGGCGAUCUGAUGGACGCGAAGAGCGCACUGUUUCUGAAGUACUUCACGCUGUUCAUGAACCUGCUGAACGACUGCGUGGACGGUUCGGAAGCGGACAAAGACACGAACAAUCCGCCGCUGUUGCCGCCCCGGCCGAGGGUAGCGGCCGGGAAGCUGACCGCCCUGCGCAACGCCACCAUCCAGGCAAUGUCCAACCUGCUGAGCGCGAACAUCGACUCGGGCCUGAUGCAUUCGAUCGAUCUGAGCUACAACCCCGACCUGCAGACCCGGGCAGCGUUCAUGGAGGUGCUGACGCAGAUCCUGCAGCAGGGCACCGAGUUCGAUACGCUCGCCGAGUCCGUGAUGGCCGACCGGUUCGAGCAGCUGGUGCAGCUCGUGACGAUGAUCAGCGACAAGGGCGAGCUGCCGAUCGCGAUGGCCCUUGCCUCCGUGGUGACCACCUCCCAGAUGGACGAGCUGGCCCGCGUGCUGGUGACACUGUUCGACGCGAAGCAUCUGCUCUCUCCGCUGCUGUGGAACAUGUUCUACCGCGAGGUAGAAGUGUCCGACUGCAUGCAGACGCUGUUCCGGGGGAACUCGCUCGGCAGCAAGAUAAUGGCGUUCUGCUUCAAGAUUUACGGCGCGAGCUAUCUGCAGGGGCUGCUCGAGCCGCUGAUUCGCCCACUGCUGGGCGACGAACCGACCAGCAGCUUCGAGGUGGACCCGGCCCGGCUCGAACCGACCGAGGACAUUGAGGUGAACCGGAAAAACCUGAUCGCCCUCACGCAGAAGGUGUUCGACGCGAUCGUCAACUCGGCGGACCGGUUCCCGCCCCAGCUCCGCUCGAUGUGCCACUGUCUGUACCAGGUGCUGAGCAAGCGGUUCCCGAACCUGCUGCAGAACAACAUCGGCGCGGUCGGGACGGUGAUCUUUCUGCGCUUCAUCAACCCGGCGAUCGUGUCGCCCCAGGAGCUGGGCAUCGUCGGCAAGCAGGUGCCGACGCAGAUCAAGCGCGGCCUGAUGCUGAUGUCGAAAAUACUGCAAAACAUCGCCAACCACGUGGAGUUCUCGAAGGAGCAGCACAUGCUGUGCUUUAACGAUUUUCUGCGCGCCCACUUCGAGGCGGGCCGGCGCUUCUUCAUACAGAUCGCUUCCGACUGCGAGACGGUCGAUCAGACGUCGCACAGCAUGAGCUUCAUCUCGGACGCGAACGUGCUGGCGCUGCACCGGUUGCUGUGGUCGCACCAGGAGCGCAUCGGCGACUACCUGUCCAGCAGCCGGGACCACAAGGCGGUCGGACGGCGCCCGUUCGACAAGAUGGCCACGCUGCUCGCGUACCUCGGGCCGCCCGAGCACAAGCCGGUCGACUCGCAUCUGCUCUUCUCGUCCUACGCCCGCUGGAGCUCGAUCGACAUGUCGUCGACCAACUUCGAGGAGAUCAUGGUGAAGCACCAGAUGCACGAGAAGGAGGAGUUCAAGACGCUGAAAUCGAUGAACAUCUUCUACCAGGCCGGCACGAGCAAGGCGGGCAAUCCGGUGUUCUACUACAUCGCGCGCCGCUACAAGAUUGGCGAAACGAACGGCGACCUGCUGAUCUACCACGUGAUCCUAACGCUCAAACCGUUCUGCCACUCGCCGUUCGAGGUGGUGAUCGACUUCACGCACACCUGCUCGGACAACCGCUUCCGGACGGAGUUUCUGCAGAAGUGGUUCUACGUGCUGCCGGAGGUCGCGUACGAGAAUCUGUACGCCGCGUACAUCUACAACUGCAACUCGUGGGUGCGCGAGUACACCAAGUUUCACGAUCGCAUACUGGCCCCGCUCAAGGGCUGCCGGAAGCUGAUCUUUCUCGACUCGCCAGCCAAGCUGAACGACGUGAUCGACCCGGAGCAGCAGAAGCUGCCCGGCGCGACCCUCUCGCUCGACGAAGAUCUGAAGGUGUUCAACAACGCGCUCAAGCUGAGCCACAAGGACACGAAGGUGGCGAUCAAGGUCGGGCCGACCGCGCUCCAGAUUACGUCCGCCGAGAAGACGAAGGUGCUGGCCCACUCGGUGCUGCUGAACGACGUGUACUACGCGUCGGAAAUCGAGGAGGUGUGCCUGGUGGACGACAACCAGUUCACGCUGUCGAUCGCCAACGAAAGCUCGCAGCUCAGCUUCAUCCACAACGACUGCGACAACAUCGUGCAGGCGAUAAUACACAUCCGCAACCGGUGGGAGCUGAGCCAGCCCGACUCGGUCACCGUGCAUCAGAAGAUCCGGCCGAAGGAUGUGCCGGGCACGCUGCUCAACAUGGCCCUGCUGAACCUGGGCUCGUCCGAUCCGAACCUGCGCACGGCCGCGUACAACCAGCUGUGCGCCCUGACUGCGACCUUCGAUCUGAAGAUCGAGGGCCAGCUGCUCGAAACGCAGGGCCUCUGCAUCCCGUCGAACAACACGAUCUUCAUCAAGUCGGUGAGCGAAACGUUGGCCACGAACGAGCCGCACCUGACGCUGGAGUUUCUCGAGGAGUGCAUCCAGGGCUUUCAGCGCAGCACGAUCGAGCUGAAGCAUCUGUGUCUCGAGUACAUGACGCCCUGGCUGGCGAAUCUGGUACGGUUCUGCAAACCGUCCGACGAGGGCAAGCGGCAAAAGCAGGUUGCGCAGAUCCUCGAGAAGCUGAUCAAUCUCACGAUCGAGCAGAAGGAGAUGUAUCCCUCGAUACAGGCCAAAAUCUGGGGCUCGAUCGGCCAGAUACCGGAGCUGAUCGAUAUGGUGCUGGACAACUUCAUCCACAAGUCGGUCAGCUCCGGGCUCGGUUCGCCGCAGGUCGAGAUAAUGGCCGACACGGCGGUCGCGCUCGCCUCCGCCAACGUGCAGCUCGUGGCGAAGAAGGUGAUCGGGCGGCUGUGCCGCGUGAUGGACAAAACCUGCCACUCGCCGACGCAGUACCUCGAGCAGCACAUGAUGUGGGACGACAUUGCGAUACUCGCCCGCUAUCUGCUGAUGCUGUCGUUCAACAACUGUCUCGACGUGGCCCGCCAUCUGCCGUACCUCUUCCACACGGUGACGUUUCUCGUGUGCACCGGCUCGCUGUCGAUGCGCGCCUCGACCCACGGGCUCGUGAUCAACAUCAUCCACUCGCUGUGUACCUGCACCAAGCCGUCCUUCUCGGAGGAAACCCAGCGCAUGCUGCGCCUGUCGCUGGACGAGUUCUCCCUGCCCAAGUUCUAUCUGCUGUUCGGCAUCAGCAAGGUGAAGUCGGCCGCCGUCACGGCGUUCCGUUCCUCCUGCCGCCAUCCGAACGACCGCUGGUUGGGCAACGAGCGUGUGUCGCAGGCACCGCCGGCCGAUCGCGAGCGUCUGGCGCUCCCGUCGCUCGAGGUGAUCACCGAGGCGCUGCUGGAAAUCAUGGAAGCCUGCAUGCGCGACAUUCCCGACUGCGACUGGCUGCAGACGUGGACGUCGCUAGCGAAAAGCUUCGCCUUCUGCUUCAAUCCCGCCCUGCAGCCCCGGGCACUGAUCGUGUUCGGCUGCAUCUCGAAAAGCGUCACCGAUCAGGACGUGAAGCAGCUGCUGCGCAUCCUGGUGAAAGCGCUGGAAUCGUUCAACGAUAUCAUACUGCUCGAGGCGCUGGUAAUGUGUCUGACCCGGCUGCAACCGCUGCUCCGGCCGGAAUCGCCCAUCCACCGGGCAUUGUUUUGGGUGGCGGUAAGCGUCCUGCAGCUGGACGAAUCGACCCUGUACGCGGCCGGUUUGGCACUGCUCGAGCAGAACCUGCACACGCUCAACUCGCAACAGCUGUUCGACAACCAGAACAUUGCCGACGUGAUGAUGGCGACGCGGGAACCGCUCGAGUGGCACUUCAAGCAGCUCGACCAUGCCGUCGGCCUGUCGUUCAAGUCGAACUUUCACUUUGCGCUGGUAGGGCAUUUGCUGAAGGGCUUUCGGCACCCGACGCCAACCACCGUGUCGCGCACGUCCCGCGUACUGACGAUGCUGCUCGGGAUCGUUGCGAAACCGCACCGGCGGGACAAGUUCGAGGUAACGCCGGACAGUGUCGCCUAUCUGACUGCGCUCGUUUGCUUCUCGGAGGAGGUACGCUCACGCUGCCACGUCAAACACACUGUACCGCGAUGGCCCGUAGAGUCGGGCGGUUCGGGCGAUUCGGCCAGUGGUAGCAGUAGUGAUCCAUCGGCACCAAACUCGGCCGGCGGUGGCCCACUAACGGGUGGAUCGGGCCCGGGCGGCUCCAGCGGCUCCGGUGGCCAUAGUGUGCGCCGUCAAAAGUCCUGGGAUAUGUUGGACCAGUCCGCUAUCCAGUACGCACGCCAGUCGCACAAAGUACAGCAGCACCAGGAACCGGUCGUUAUCAGAGGAAAGUCGUGGAGAAGUCUCGAUUCGGCGCACAAUCCGCACCUGGGAAUGAUCAGUCAUUCCUCUUUCGUUACUCACGGUAUCAACACUACUACCAACAACAUCAACAACAUGAUCACCAUGAUCAACAUGAACAGCAACACUUCAAACUCCAUCACUCCAGGCAUGCCUAACCUCAACAACAACAACAACAACAGCUCCAUCCUUACUAACAUCAUCAGCAGCAACAACAACAACAACACUACUAACACCAUUUCCACGGCCGGUAGUUUCGCUAGUGCUGUCGCCACUAACGCUAACACCGUCGCUGGCCCGCUAGGCGUCGGUGCGUACCAAAGCCAGCGGAACGAUUUUCGCAAUCGCCGCUCCUCUUCCGAACCGGUCAACCAUGGGCAGAUGGUACUGAUGAACCCGAACAUUGCCAAACUGAUCGCGCUCAAUCAGGGCCACACGCCCACCUACGGCUAUGGAGGUGGUGGAGGUGUUGGUGCCCACCAGCAGCCGAGCCAGGUCGCCAUCGCUGCUGCAGUAACGGCUGCCGCGGCAGCCGCAGCAACGGCGGGUGCGGCCGCCGCUACUGGCACACAGCUACCACGGCCAACAUCUCCACUGCCGCCGGCGGUUCCGACCGUACCGGUGACCACGGACGAAGAAGGCUCCGAGCAGGCGCGGGACGCGACAAAGCAAGGGACAAACAAGGACGAAAGCGAAAACUUUAUCGUCGACUGCUUGCAAGACAUAUCAUCGAUCAAAAUUGCACGUAUGCUGUUCAAAACCCACCGAUCCUUCUCCGUUCCAACGACCAAAGAACGCCUGGGUAAAUCAACGCGGAUUGACAAUCGUCAGAAGGAACGUGGCUCACGGUCGUCGGUGUCGAACGAGUCGAACGUGCUGCUCGAUCCGGAAGUGCUGCCCGACUCCUCGACCCAGGCGCUGGUGCUGACCGUGCUGGCAACGCUCGUCAAGUACACGACGGACGAGGCAGAGACGCGCGUCCUCUACCAAUACCUGGCGGAAGGAUCGAUCGUAUUUCCGAAGGUUUUCCCGGUGAUUCACUCACUGCUAGAUCAGAAGGUCAACAAUGUCCUGUCGGUGUCGAACGAUCAGAUCGUGCUGGCAUCGGUGCAGAGCAUCAUACAGAACAUGCUGGCGAGCGAAGACGCUAGCCAGCAGCCGCUUCACUUCCUGCAGAGCUGCGGAUUCGGAGGGCUGUGGCGCUUUGCCGGACCAUUUACCAAGUACAACAUGAUGGUGGAGUCGUCCGAGCUGUUCGUCAACUUCCUGGAGGCGAUGGUGGAAACGUGUCUGCCGGUGGAGGAAAGCACCCCGAUGCCACCGUCCCCCCGGCCGUACAAUCUCAGCUCCAGCCUGAGCAGCCUCACGCUCGGCUCGCCGACGGAUAAAGCAUUCUCAUCAGAAUCUCUAGAUCACGAUGGGUUCAGUGGCAGCGUUAGCUCGUUGCGGCGUGCCUCCUGCAGCAAGGCGCGGACCGGCUCGAAGCACCGCUUCAUCGACAGUCCGACGCACAAUAUCUAGUCAGAGAUCUGGUGGAGCGCCGGCCGGAUACUGCCCUCGAUUGUGGCCGCAGCAGUGAGCCGUGCUGGAGCUUCCACCAUCACCACCACCAACACCACCACCAAGAACAGCACCGAUGAUACUGCUGAUCCCCGGCGAUCGCCUACUACGACUCAGCGACCCAUGAUCACGAACGAACAGCGGCCCUAACUCCACCAACCGAUACCGCGGUGUUUGACAAUUGAUUCGAAAGGUUAUCAUGGCAACAGAGAAACUUACUACGCUGUGCAAAGAUUUUACAUCAGUGUGCGCGCGUGUCUGUGUGUGUGUAUCUGUGUUUGUGUGCACCCAUUUGUGUGUUGCAGAGUGAAUGCAGAGGGAGGUCAACUAGUGAUGGGGGCAAAUUGAGUUUUUCCGGAGUCGAAUUGAUACGAUUUCGGUUGACUUCGGGUGAUUCCGGUUGAGUCCGGACGACUCCGGACAAGUUAAUUUUACAAUGCAAAUCUAAACAAACGAAAGCUAAGCGGCGCAAGCCGCAAUUAUACGGAUGCUUAUGAUCACCAUGUUAUGGGUUGACGAAUGGAAAACUACACAUUUUUAUAUUACGAUGGAAUUAGCUGCCAUUACUGCAAGCAAUGAUAUGCACUUUGAUUUGACCUUGUUUGGAUUGAUCCAUCCUGUUUGAACACAUCCAGGCUCAUCCAGAGCCGUUCGUAAUCAACCGGAAUCGCCCGAAGCUAACCGGAAUGGUUCGGAGUCAUCCGGACUCAUUCGGGGUCGUCGGAAGUGAUCUGGAAUCGUCUGGAGCCCUCCAAAGUUGGUCGCCGCAUCCUUCCGGAUUCGUCCUUGGACUUGGUUUUGAUUCCCAUUAGAAUUCAGUGGAUAUCUGAGUGGAUCUGCUCCGCAUAACACAUCACUAAUCUCUACACACCGUAACCAUUCUGUGUGGUAUCUGUACGUCAUUUCUAACAGAAGGGUGGACACUUCCCAACCCAAUGGAGUGGGUAUUUGUUUGCGGAUGUAUUUGCGCCCAAUCGUAGAAUCCUAUUGGAAUAUUCAUUGGGCGUAGCGUCCAGUGCAGUGGUCGGUAAACUUUACGGCAUAAAGAGCCAAAAUCGUCAACUCAUGCCGGUAAAAAUUGCAUGUGCAAGAAACGAAUUGAUGAACUCACCACUAAAAAGUAUAAUGGUUCAGAGAACGGAGAAAAACCAUCUAGCGAUCACUUGAUCUAGUGCAAAGCAAUAUUUCUUAGGGACAAACAAGCGAGGUUCCGAGAUCCGGAGCGAUAACGCUAGCGAAAGAUGGUGUGCUGGGUAAACAUUGGAAAUGUUGCAUACACCCUAAGAUAGCGAAAUACAGCCUUUUCAAGCUGGUCAAACGCAUGCAAAUUAAAAAAAAAAACAGGCAACGCAAGAAACGAAACAACUGAAUCGAAAUAA